AUGGCAGGUUCUAAUGUAGCCGAGCGUCUAGAGGCGCAGUUGAUGAAGGCUGUAGAUAUCGUAGAAGAACGUAUCGACAGUGAAAUGAAUAGGUUGGACAACAUGGAUGAGGAUGAACUCGAGAUAAUUCGGCGACGUCGUUUAGAGGAGAUGAAGAAAGUGCAAAAAGCGAAACAGGAAAUGCUAGCAGUCGGUCACGGUACCUACAGUGAAGUUGCUGAUGAGAAAGAGUUCUUCGAAGCAACGAAGAAGAGUAAGAAUGUCGUCUGCUUAUUCUACCUGGAUGGAAACAUGAGGUUGGACAACAUGGAUGAGGAUGAACUCGAGAUAAUUCGGCGACGUCGUUUAGAGGAGAUGAAGAAAGUGCAAAAAGCGAAACAGGAAAUGCUAGCAGUCGGUCACGGUACCUACAGUGAAGUUGCUGAUGAGAAAGAGUUCUUCGAAGCAACGAAGAAGAGUAAGAAUGUCGUCUGCUUAUUCUACCUGGAUGGAAACAUGAGGUGCAAAAUAGUGGAUAAACAUCUGAAUAUACUAGCAAGGAAGCACACAGGAACUCGCUUCAUUCAUGUAAACGCAGAAAAGGUUCCCUUCAUCGUUACUCGUCUUAACAUUCGUGUCAUUCCCACAAUCGCUAUAGUGAAGGACCAGCAGACCAUUGACUACAUCAGAGGCUUUGACGAUUUGGGUGGCAUCGACGAUUUCAAAACGGAGGUGUUGGAGACUCGGCUGGCACGGUCUGGAGUAAUAAGAGUUGAGAAAGUGAAGACGGAACCCCCAAAAAUGAAGAUCAUAAGAGGUGCUGGAACGGCAAAGGACACUGGUGAUGACUGGUAG